GAAAGCAGGAGAGGGAGGGAGAUGGCAGAGAGUGUAUAACUUUGGGGAACUCAGGAAGAGGCAGCAAAGGGAACAAACUUUUUCUCUCUUGUCUUGUUUUGGACUUUUGUGCAUUUCAUAGCGGACUUCAGUGCUGACAGAGCAGAACAAGGGAUACUCAUUCGUUUGCUUUCUUCAUUGAAUUGUUCUUUUUCUUUAGAUCUCCAGAGAUUAUUUUGUUUUGUGGUUCUUUUUAACAUUUUUAUCUGCUUGUUGUUUAACUGCCUGAGAUUUGAAGAAGGCGUGACCACACAUUUGAAAUCCUUCCAGAUUUAGCAGCAACUGUGUCCACUUCUGGGACAUUUGUGGCUGCACUGAAACACCAAACAGACAUAUAAACACACACACACACACACACACCUGUUGUUGCUGAGGAUUCCCCAGGAGCACGGUCAUGGACAUCUGUGUCCCUGUUGCUUGAGGGAAUCUGUGCGUGUGUGCAGCUGUUAUCUGGUGGUGGCCUCGGUGAAUGUUACAGUAGAAGCUGAUCUGCCUGUCCGGGGUAGAGGAGGGAGAUGUCAUCCUACUACCCACGCACCAAGGACCUGACUCGCACCAGGAAGUCACUGACAGAAUCGCCACCAUCGUCUCCGUCCCCUACAGAAAAAAACUACAGACAUGACAGAGUGUCAAGAUUUGAUUCCAUUGGAGAGAGUGCUACAGACAAGUCACUGGGCCGCACCAGCUCAUACACGCGCAGAGAGGCAAGGCUGGCUGCACUGAAUAAACAGGAACAAGACUCCACUGCCAAAGACUAUAAGAAGAUGUAUGCAGAAGCUUUGCAUGAAAAUGCAAAACUCAAGUCCAGGUUGCAGGAGAGCAAACAAGAGCUAGCCAAGAUACGUUCCCAACUGGAGAAAGUCACUCAGAGACACGACACAAUAUCUGAAAGAUCUUCAGUACUUGAAUCAGAAAAAAGGGAAAAACAAACCCUUGAGAAAAGAGUGUCAGACAUGGAGGAGGAAUUAAAGGUCUUAACAGAGCUCAAGUCAGACAACCAGAGACUAAAGGAUGAAAAUGGUGCUCUCAUUCGAGUCAUCAGCAAACUGUCAAAAUGAAAAAGAUAUCUGAUGCUCCUCUUGUGUGUCUGUGGACCCUCCAACCCUGAAAUAGCGGUGUCAUUAUCCACAAGGUCCCAGGUUUUGACUCGUAUCUGAGUUACUGUAUGGUGACAGGCUAGUUUGGUUGCAUUUUCAGAAACAUCCUACUAAUUCCUGUUAGAACUUGUGAAGAUCCAAAGAGAAGUGUUAGCAAUCUUCAGUUAAUUUUACCAUUAUUAAAAUUAAAGUUUCAACUAUUUUUUUCCUUCAUUAUAUGUUGUUUGUUUUAGGAAUAUUUGUCACGUGUAUGAAAUAGGGACCAGGUGUACUGUUGACAUUUCAAAUCCAAACAAAUGCAUCAGAUUGCGUGAGGCUACUGUACCUAAUAAUAUGCCAUAUAACAUUUUGACACUUUUACUUUGGUUGUUACUUGUGCACUCCAUAAUCGUGUUUUAAUAUAUUUUUUAUUUGAAAGAGAAGACAGUCAUUGACUUAGACUGUUUGGAACCGUAGCUUUCUCCUUUCUUGACCUAGUAUCUCAUUUCUCCUUUAUUAUGAUGUGAGACGUUAAAGACGUUAAAAACUUAUCACAAAAACACUUUGACUUGCUUUCACUCUAGGCUAAAGAUAGUGAAGCUUCAUAAAAUGCAUGUUUUGGGGUGUGUUUGCUUCAAUUGACAACAUUCUCAGGUUUGUCACUCAGCUGUUGCUGCUCGCCACAGUUGAGUGCCUCGCAGAUGUGGAUUUCCUUGGAAAUCUGUGGGUGUUUUUCUACGGUUGCAGGGAUGCAUGAAUGUGAUGCACUUGACAAACCUUUGGAAAAACUAUCAUUCUAACAGGUCAGACACAAAUUUUAGUCCAAUUUUCAGCUUUUUUAAAAUUUGCUAAUAGACAUUAGAGUUUAAUUUACCUAGUAUGCAAAAAAUGUAACAUGUAUAUGUGAGCUUGUUAAAGGAGACUGUACAAUAGGCCUGAAAGGCUACUUUGUACAUGCACAUGUUAACAGUGCUGCUGUCAUUAGCAGCCCUGUGACACAUUCAAAAUGGUACACUUUCUGAGAGGAGAUAAUAUUAAUGUUUGUCACACUUUCCUUUUUUGUGUUUUCAGCUGCCUUGCUUUUUUAAAUGCAUGUUCUUCCUAGAGGAUAUUUUUAUUGAGCUAGUAUCUCAUUUUGAAAACAAAUGAAUGCCUGAAGAGAGAGACACCCCGAGUGCAAAUGAAAAUGCCGUAUAUAUUUUGUUUUGUAAUAGAUAUAUAUUUAUUUAUUUAUGGAUGUGUUAGUUUUAAUCUUUAUAUUUUGCAUAGUCAGUUUUGUUUCAAAGGAGUACACUGAUUAUUUUUUAGCUGACCCGUUGGCCUUCCUGUCAUUAGGCGAUUAAAAUACAAAUACCAGAAUCGUGCACUUCCUUGUUAUCAUUGCUCUGUGAGCCUUCACAUUAAUUGGGUGGCCUUAAAAAUCAGCAAAAGCCAGCGCUGUGAAACAUAAACUGUUAUCAGCUCUUUUAUUCUGUAAUGAUUUCUCACAAUUUUAAUAGGUCUGCAGUUGUUCAAAGACUUUGUUGCCAAUUUAUAAGGCACACCUAGCUUCAGAGCAAGCCUAUACUGCAGGCCUUUUAACAAACCAGAACUUUACCAAGCUUCUGUUUUUGAUCUGGUUAUUUUUGUAGGCUAUAUUUACUAGUGCUAUGGCGAUUCAAUAUCUUUCAAUAUUAGUGAUGUCAUGUUUUUAUUAGUUGCAGUAUGAAGGGACUUCCUACUUCUAAUGGUUAUUUAAGAACUAAACCCACAAUGCAACAAAGUGUAGAGAUUGUGAGUUUGCUUUAAAAUAGGGUUGAAUACAUUGUGAUUUAUAAACUAAGCUCUGCAUUUGAUUGAUUGAUAUACCUUUAUUAGUCCCACAAGGGGAAAUUUCAGACUAAUUUGCAUGAAAUCUCCUUCUGUGCUGUACGUGGUGUGAAAGACACAGCAAGGAUUUUGGUAUCUGUCUUCUUUUCACUUAAUGGUUAAGUUAACCAAGGUCCUCAGUGUUUCAUAUAUUCCUUAAACCAUGUGAUGGUUUUGGAGUCCAGCCAUGCCACAUGCCACAUUACCAGUGUUAUGUUUGCUCACAUCCACUAAUUGAACUAUAAAUAAGCUACAGUAUGAUUCUGCUCUCUCUACAUGUGCUGUAGAUAUACUGAUUUACCGAGUUAUUGUAUAUUCAACAGUCUGAAAUGUUCUGAGUGGUGGCAUAACACAGACACAUUGCUUAAUUCACUCUGCUUAAUAAAUGGUAA